AUGCCGAAGGAGCGUGCCGCAGGUUUCAACGGAUUCUGCCUGUUGCUGGCAACAUGCGCGAUGUUGCUGAACCAGGUGUUGCUGGUGGUGCUGUCCCUUCCCCCCGACAGCAAUGCCGCGCCAGAGAUGCCUAGCCAGCCCCGGAUUUCGCUGAAGCCCGCGAGCCUGGCUCCGGGAUUCAGUGGCUGCUUGGGGCACACUGGCACGUUGGAGCCGGAGGAUUCCAUGGCGUGGAAAGAUCUUGGCAACCCACUGGCAAAGUUGUCACCGGCCUCUUUGAGGUUGCUGCCCAGUGCAGAGGAGAUGCCCCAGGCUGGCCAUUGGCUUACAUUCGGGAUGUCCUCCAUCAAGCGGCCCAAGGCGUCGUAUCUGGAGAUCACCUUGUCAAGGCUGUUUAACGUCUUGGAUCUGGAAGAAGCAGCAACUGCGAUUAUUGUGCACCUGGCAGACUUCGAUGAGGAGUGGGUCUUGCAAACUGCCAACAAGCUCAACGAAGGAUUCACCAACGAGGUCUCGGAAGGCGACUUACACGUGAUACAUGCCCCACGGGAUCUUUACCCCCUGAAGCAAGCCAACUUGGAAGCUUUCGACCUCUCUGGCUUCAAGCGUGGCGAUCUGAACGCCAGAUACCUUCGCCACACGGACGCGGCCGCAGACCGAGUGUCCUACGUGUCCGCAAAUCGCAAGUACGCACUCGUCUGGUGCAUCCAAUCCACCAAAGUGGUCCACCGCCGGUGGGUGUUGGUCGCAUGGCAAGAUGUGGAGGCGGCUCAGACAAAAGGGGACUGCAAAUCGCAAGCGCGAGCACCUGAAGAGCUGGAAGUUCUCGACGAAAGCGUCCGAGGCUGGGAGGAGUUCGUGGAUGGCAAGUGGGUCAAAGCCACCGCUGCCAAGCUCUCGAACUUCGUCAACGAAAAGGGCGUGCUGCUCAAAUUUGGGGACAGCCCUAAGAGGACGUGGUGGCGGACGAAGCAGAAUUUGGACUACACCUUUUUGAUGUGGUAUGCCUCCAACAUGUCGGACUACUACAUGCAGCUGGAGGAUGACAUACAUCCGGUUCCAAGCUUCUCUGCGUUCGUUCGAAGUGCCCUCGAUCGAAGCUUGACCAACAAGCCUUGGGUUAUGGCGUCCUUUUCGAGCCUGGGCUUCAUCGGCAAGCUCUUCAACAGCUCCCGCCUUCCCAGCCUGGCCCAAUUUCUGCUCACCUACAGUACAGAGGCUCCCUGCGACUGGCUGGUGUGGAUAUGGAUCGAUGCAUGGAGCCCGACGCCUGUGACCUGGGAUCUGCCCAAGAACUUGGAGUCAGAUUGGAAUAAGAAGGCCGACGCCAUGAAGAAGGGAGCGGACGCCGUCAAGAAGCUGGGGCAAAUGAGAUCUGAGCUGGACUUGUAUUACUUCAACAAGUCCCUUCCGCGGGUCUUCCUUGUGGAUGAGGUGUCGGCGAAUUCCUCCAAGCCUUCAAUCGAAGCAAAUGGGGCUUUCAAUGCAAGAUAUCCGCGAGCAACGGUCGAAAGCUCGAUGAAGCACUACCAGCACUACCUGCCGGAAUCCGCCUAUCCACCGGGUGACCCGCUUGGGUUCUGGACGGCCGAUACAUGUUCGGAUCCGCUGGCUAAAGGGGACUCGGACGCCGCGAACAAGUGCGUCGGCGCGAAGUUCUUCAGACUCAAGCUUGCAGAGGCCUUCUCUUCAAACCAGGCCCGCAUUGUGCUUCGUCAAGGCCGCAAAGGCCAUGAGGCAGAUUUCAUCCGACACGGACAGCUGCAAGUGUCUCAGAGUAGCGACUGCAGCUUGGCUAACAGCUUGCGUGAGAUCUCGGAGGCAGAGGUGGUUUGGGAAGGCAAGCUGGAGGGUGUCAUGUGCCUGGAAAUCCGUCUCUCUGCGGCCCAAAAAGAAUGGAUUGCGAUCCGGGAGAUUGUGCUGCAGAGCCUCGAUGACACGAUCCCGGGGACAGAAAUCCCUUCAGAGGAUGUGCCUACAGAGAAGCGGGGACCACGGUACUCCCUGGAGCAUGCUUUGUUGGCAGCUCUUGUUGGCUUCUCAGCAGGCAUCGUUGCCUGGAUGGCCGUGUUGAUCAGCCGGUGUACAUUCCGCACCGUCACAGAAGCCUUCGGGAUGUUAAGUUGCUGGACACUCUACUACCUCAUUGCGCUUGACGUCCUCAUCUGCUGGUUCGUGACGGCUCCAGAAUCCGUCUCACCAUCAGUUGCAGAUCGCGGAACAGGGCGGAGAGCGAGUUAUUCUGAUAUCUCCGAGUCUGAAAGGCCCUGUAACUCGGGAGCUCGACAGCAAGGCAUCCCCCUCGACUGGCGAUCGAUGAGGUCUGGGAUUCUACACAUCAAUCCCGAGAAGCUCAGACACCUCGGCCCAGCAAGAGAUCCCCGAUCUGAGCCUCAAAGCGUCAAGCCCUUUCUGUCAGUUGGGUUCGUCCUCGAUCCUGCUGGCACCCAGCUCACCAGAAGCAUCCUUGACGGUCUGCUCGACGCCGGAGCUGGCGGGGCCGUGAUCGGGAUCCUCGUGGCCCAUGUCUCGGAGGCGCGCGAGAGAAAAAUGCGGCAGGAAAUGAUCCAAGGCAUCCGGGACAUACUCCAGAGCCUUGGCCCGGAGAAGCGGAACCUGCUCCACUUGCUUGAUCCCUUACCGGAGUUGUAUCCGGAGCCCCCUGCGCGCUCGCAGAACAUCGACCUGGCACUGCUGGUCCAUUUCUUGCAGCCCCUGGCUGAGACCUUCAUGUCCCUGGAGUGGGGCGCCCCGAUGGCCCAGAAUUACCCGAUGCUUAUGCAAAGGCACGCCCGAGACCUGGAGUCCCACAACAUUCCCUGGGUCUGCAUCCACUUCAGUCGGCAAGGGCAUGGGAGGAAGCUCAUCCGCUCCCAACUCCUGCAUAGGUGGAUGGAGAUGCUACUGAUGUUUCCGGAAGCCCCCGCAGAUGCCCUGUAUUGGGAUUUCGUUGACGUCAUCGGCAAUCAGACAGUUCCGAAAGCCACAGCGCUAGGUUCUCUGAAAGGCGAACGUCCAGACAUCAGAAAUCUUCACGCCAAGGACAAGGAGGCAAUUCUUGAGCACCUCGGGGAUGUAUCGUCCUUGCAGGGAAAGGUCCAACGAGCCACCGAUGCCGCUCCGUGCCAGUGUUGUUCCGGACAAGAAUGGUCAUCACUCAUCCGGACGAUGUUUGCUGACGUGUUCCAGAGUCUGCUUGAAGUGAUGUUGCUUCUGCAUCAUCUGCUGAAGAUGCAAACCCUGAACCCUAAACCCUAA